AUGGGAUUCAUUGCAGAAGGAAAUACACUUGUUUGGGAAGAUGCAGAGAAGUAUGCUGAUUACAUUAGACAACAUGGUGUAGAACAAUUGCUGAACAUUUGGAAUGAUCAAAAGGAUAGAGGCAAUGAUGUCUUUACUUGGGGAGAUGAAGUUGAAUACAUAUUGGUAUCAGUUGAUAAUGAGACAAAGGACAUUAAGUUGGCAUUGCGUUCACAUGAAGUGUUGGCUGUGCUGAUGCAGAAGGAGAAGUUGGAUCCACAGAAUGUUGACUAUCUUUGGAGACCAGAGUAUGGAAGAUUCAUGAUUGAGGGCACACCAGGACAACCAUACCAUGGACUUGGAAGACAACUCUUGUCAAUUGAGGAGAGCUUGAUCAAGCGUAGAGAGGAGAUUGAGUCACACUUGAAGGAGAACGAGAGGAUCUUGACAAUUGCUUCAUAUCCACGCAUGGGCGUCGAGCACUUUGCCGAGCCGUACAGCUCACCCAAUGGACUGGUGGCCGAGUCACAGUUCCUGCCCGACACCGUCAUCAAUCCACACUUUCGUUUCAGCACUCUGACUGCCAACAUCAGGAAACGUCGCGGAAAGAACGUCUCGAUCAACAUCCCCAUGUACAAAGACAUCAACACGCCGCCCCAGCAGGACCACCAGACAUUCGUGUCGCCAUCCAACGACAAGGCCGAGCCAUACAACCAGCCGUACAACAUAUACAUGGACGCCAUGGGCUUUGGCAUGGGCUGCUGUUGUCUGCAGGCCACCUUCCAGAUGUCCAACAUUGAGGAAGCGCGCAAUGUCUAUGACCACAUGGCCGUGAUGGCGCCAAUCAUGCUGUCGCUGACUGCCUCCAGUGCCAUAUUCAAGGGCCUCCUUUCAGAUAUUGACGCUCGCUGGACUGUCAUCUCGCAGUCUGUCGACGACCGCACUCCAGAGGAGCUUGGACAACAGCCUUUGAAACACAACAAGUGCGUUAUCAACAAGUCUCGCUACGACUCUAUCGACACUUUCAUCUCGCGAGGCAACACUUACCGCGCCGAGUACAACGAUCUCCCUCUGGUGUAUGACAAGCCCAGCCUCGAGCGCAUGGUCGGCGCCGGAAUGGACGAGCAGUUGGCUCGCCACUUUGCCCAUCUCUUCAUCCGUGACCCAUUGGUCAUCUACUCGGACAAGAUUGAGCUGGACGACAAGACACACUCCGAUCACUUUGAGAACAUCCAGUCGACUAACUGGCAGACUGUUCGCUUCAAGCCACCCUCACCCGGCUCGCCCAUUGGCUGGCGUGUCGAGUUCCGUCCAAUGGAGGUGCAGCUUACCGACUUUGAGAAUGCAGCGUUCAUCGUCUUUGUUGCGAUUCUGAUGCGUGCCAUCUCUGACCUGAAGCUCAACUUCUACGUUCCAAUCACCAAGGUCGACGAGAACAUGAAAACCGCCCAUCUGCGCAACUCUGUCGUCAACAACAAGUUCUACUUCCGCAAGAACAUCACUGUCAGCACUGGCACUAGCACUGGCAACGUGGAUGAGGAGUACGAGCUGAUGACCAUCGAUGAGAUUUUCAAUGGUUGCAAGGAGGAGGCCAGAGAGUCGGUGGGAUUGUUGAGCAUCAUCCGCAAGUACGUCGCUGAGAACAAGUCGUUCGAUGCAGAGACCAACCGUCUGAUGGAUCGCUACUUCUCAUUGAUUGGCAAGCGUGCCAGUGGCGAGCUGAUGACCAUGUCGACGUGGACCCGCCACUUUGUACAGAACCAUCCAUCCUACAAGCACGACUCGGUCGUUUCACAAGAGAUUCAGAAUGAUCUCCUCCAACGAUGCUUCCAGAUCACCAACGGAUCCACUCAUGAGCCAAAGCUCCUGAGUGCCGAACUCAUCACAGCAACUGGUGGCGCCAACUAA